ACGUGAUGGAGCACAAUUUCUCGUGGAAUGACGUAAAUGAAUUGGGGAUGUCCUGAAUUUCCAUAAAUAACUUAUACUAAAUAGCAGAAAGAAGAAAAUCAACAUCAUCCUGAAAUAAUGACUGAUGAAAUUUUUCAGGAUUUUGAGACUUAUACAGUUUCUCUCAUCGGUUCAUCAGCGGUAUGAUACAUCAAAAUGAACAAACAGUUCGUGUUUAUAGUAGUGUCAACAAUAUUAGUAUUGUUUUGGGUUCUGAUGGACAGCUCAUUUAUACGAUAUUUUGAGAGUUUUAAACUGAGGAUAUCAACAACUUUUAGUGAAAUUAGUACAUAUCACGAAAACUCGCAGUUACUUUUACUGGUACAAAAAGAAAAAUUAACUUGCCAAUUACCGGAAUUCACAAGUAUUGAACAAUGUCGAAAUAUCAACAAGGAAAAUACCUGUUCAUACACAUGUAAAUGUUAUAAAUACCUGACUAUAAAGUUACCUGGAGUAUACCAAAUUCCCAUAUCUACACCAAUACAAGAUAUGGUAAGUGUCGAGGCCAUGACUUUAAGAGACCCAGAGUUUCUUGACUUAAGUGACACUGCUAGUGUUAAGCUUACAAAGUUAUCGUUUUUAACCUCAGUCGACAAUAUUCGGGUUGGAGAUGAAUUCAAGAUCCUGAUUCAGCUGUUUGAUGGUGCUGGUCGACCACGACAAGUAGGUGGUGAUGAUGUCAGAGUAUGGAUUAAAUCUUCAGACUUUGUUUAUAAGGCAUCUGGAGAAGUUGUAGACCAUUACAACGGAACUUAUGUGGCAACAUUUAAAGCCAUUUGGGAAGGCAAUUCAUUAAUAUUCUUUAAAUUGGCCUACACAAGAGAGGAACUUGCCACUAGGUUUAUGUGGAACCGUCAGUACGGAACACUAUCUUACCUUGUAGGCCAAUAUAAGAAAGCCGAGGUCGUCGAAUAUACUCCCUGCACUUUCUUCCAAACUAUACCAGGGCAUGGCGAAGUGUGUAACUUUACAAUGCUAAACAAUGGACAACCAUGGUAUUGUGGAAAACCAAAUAGUACAAAACUAGGAUGUGCGGAUAUAAACUUAUUCAAAGAAUAUGGUCAAACUCAUAUCCCUUUAACAAAAGCCCAAAGAGAAUUAAUAUUUAACAGAAAAUCUCAUAACAGAAUAUUGAAGACUAAACUAAAAUUUCAUUUUCAAAAUGGACAAUUGCUGAAACUAAACCAAAACUGUAACGUUUUAGACAAAAAAGAGACGUGGAACACCAAGAUGCCAUCGGGAUAUUUUAAUAGCAGCAAAUGGAUAUCGUUAAAAUGUAAAAAUACCCUUGAUAAUUCAUCUUUCGAAUCAUGUUUAAAAAACAUGGACGUCAUCAUCAUGGGCGACUCCACCACUCGUCAGUAUUUUUCUUACAUUACUUCUAAAGUCGUUCAUGACUGUAUACUUGUCACUGAAAAAUGGAAGUGGCCUCAAUGGCAUUCACCUAGUAAAUGUGUCUCUAAGAAUAGAAACCUUACAAUUUCAUGGAAUCCCCAUGAAUUGCCUUUCUCGGAUGCCAAAUUACAGGGAGGUGAACUUAAUCUCAAGUCAACGGCAAGGAUUUUAAAUGAACUACCAUCCAAUCGAAAAAUAGUGUUCGUGAUACAUUAUUAUGCUCACAUGAUACGUCAGCACUCCGCAAUUGUUUUACGGGCAAUACGUGGUCUCAAAAGUGCCAUAAAGAAAGCGUUAUCCAGGAACAAGAAUGUGGUAAUUGCUGUCAAAACACCACAUUCGUUUGGUGAAUCAAGGUGUGAGUCGCACUUUGCUGAUUUUAUGGGACCAGUUUUUAUUGAAUUAUUUAAUAGGGAAUUUCGAGAAUUACAGGAUUCCAUUUUAAAUUUAAAUGUAUGGGAAAUGAGUGUAGCGAGUGAAAAUUUCCUACUCCAUCCCAAGGAAAUUAUUGUACGGGAACAUUUACGCAUGUUAUUUGGAUAUAUAUGUAAUUGA